GGGAAGCUCGGGGGAAAAAGGAAAAAGAAAGAAAAGAGCAGCGUCUGUGACUGUGCCGCCAGCUUAAACACAUCUAAAGCGCAUGCCAUAAGCCGGGUCUGACUGUGCACACACCGGAGGGGAAGAAGAAGAAGCCGCUCACGACGCGAGAAAUCCGAUGAGAGGAACGGCUCAGAGAGAGUGAGCUGCCGUAGAUUGUCCAACGGGGCUGCGUUUCUCCCAGUUCCGGUUUGCCUGUCUGUGUGCGCGCUGUGUGCGAGAGUUGGGACCCCAAACAAAAGGCUGCCAUCAUCCUACAGGAGAUCUUCAGCUUGCGCGCGAGAGAGAGAGAAAGCCCGAAUCUGCUUGAUGCUUAACCGAACAUGAGCUCCUAUUUUGUUAACCCUCUUUUUUCUAAAUACAAAGGCAGUGAGUCACUGGAACCAACUUACUACGACUGCAGGUUCCCACAAAGCGUCGCCCGCAGCCACACGCUGGUUUACGGACCCGGAGCCGCCGCGCCGGGCUUCCAGCACCCGUCCCAUCAUGUGCAGGACUUUUUUCACCACGGGACCACGGGGAUCUCCAACCCAGGAUAUCAGCAGAAUCCCUGCGCCCUGGCGUGUCACGGCGACGCGACGAAAUUUUAUGGAUACGAAGCCCUUCCUAGGCAAACGAUCUAUGGUGCCCAGCAAGACGCGAGCCUAGCGCAAUAUCCAGACUGUAAAUCGUCCAGCAGCUCUAACCCCGGAGAAGGACAAGGCCACUUAAAUCAAAACUCCUCUCCCAGUCUUAUGUUUCCCUGGAUGAGACCCCACGCCCCAGGCAGAAGGAACGGGAGACAAACCUACAGCCGCUACCAGACCCUGGAACUGGAGAAGGAGUUCCUCUUCAACCCUUACCUGACCCGCAAGAGGAGGAUCGAGGUGUCCCACGCCCUGAGCCUCACCGAGCGCCAGGUGAAGAUUUGGUUUCAGAACAGGAGGAUGAAGUGGAAAAAGGAGAACAACAAAGACAAGUUUCCGGGUCAGAGAGGGGAGGCCGAAGCCGAGGCCGAGGAAGAGGGCAACGAGGACGGUGAAGGGGACGAGGGAGAACAGAAAGAAGCGGAAGAGAAAGAAGAAAGCAAGGAGUGAUUUUUAUGGUCCUUUUUAUGGUUAUAUGGCUGGAAACGAGAGAAAAAGGAGAGAAGUCCCAUUAACAGACGAAGAGCCACAAGGAGGCAUAGAGCGUCAUUUUUAUGACCACCCUUCUCAUUUUGUCACAAGGGAACAGGAUUCCCACCAAUAUUGCUGUCAUAAAUAGACUAAAUUCUUCUUUCUCCCCUAUUCGAUUGUCCCAACAUGAUCCAAACAUUACUAUUUUGGAGAAGCGACACACCGCUAGUAGAAUUUUCUUUAGGACUCGCACCCAUGCACAAAAAUACAAGGGACAAAUUAAAUACGCAUGUUAGAUUGACAAUGGCGUAGUUUUUAUUUUUUAUCUUCAAAUUUGCUUUUUGUGUGAAAAAAACUCCUGGUUAGAAUAAAACAUGACAAAUAACGCCGACUUCUUGUAAAUAGAUGCAAAAACAUUUCAUUUCCGACUCGAAAGUAUUAAAGACACAUAGGCCUGUAACUUAUUAGUGAGAGUUCAGACAUCAUCACUGUUACUUCAGGCUAUAAACCACACAUUUAAUUUGAUUUGUACAAUAAAUAGUUUUUUUUAUUUCUUCUGUUUUGACGUGAAUGGCGCGGACAAAGAUACAGCCAUGACAGCUCCUCCGACACCUUUCAUUUUGUCCUUGGAUCACCAGGGAAACGCAACUGUUUGAAAUCCUUUGAUGCUACCUAUGAAAACCUGGGGGAAAUUGCAAUAGAGAUUUCUGAAUAUAGAGAUUUCAUAUGGUUUUUGAUUUUUAAAGUGUUAUAUAUCAACCUUAUAAUAUUAAGUUAUGUGUGUAGCAGUUACCCGAAAUACAAUAAACACUUGUUAAAGUUUUCUUUUCUUUUUUUUUUGUUCUCUUUUGAAGUCUUGGGAAGACGUUUAGCUCAAAGCCAGGCCAACAAAUUUCUUGUUUUUAUUUUUACGAGAUUGUACCACAGCACUACCUAAAGCUCAGAGCUCUGUCCUCGCAUCAUUUCUUAUAUUUCACACAUGCGUGGCAUCGCUCUGAUCUGACUGCAGGCUAUUUUCCCCAACAACUAAAAACUGCCUAUAUGACGCACAUGGACUACGUAUGAUGAUAUCUGCAGCAAUUACAAGGAUUUUAACGUUUUAAGAAAGGGAACUUUUAUUUCAAUGUGCUGGUGAUAUAGAGUAGUUGUUUUUCUUUUUCUUUGCACUGAAUAUAAUCUUUAUGUACGUCUUGUUCUAUAUUGAUGUUAACAUAACAAUAUGCUCGUUUUCUUGUUGUUUCUCCUGUGAAAGACGGAGUUGUGUACCCACCCCCGCGCGCCAUUGUUGAUGUAAAAUCACAAAUAAACAAGAUGGCUCACAUUCA